UCCAGUUCUUCUUGCAACGCGUAAUAGUCUAAUAAGAAAUAUUACAAACUGAGAGAUACUCGACAAACAAUAUUUUCGUCAACUGUUCGAAUAAUUUCAAAAUGUUUGUCAACUGUUCCCGAACGAUCAGACACAAAACUCAGCUGAGCAGCUUGUUGCAAAGAUAUCAAUCGACUUUGGUCAUUGCGGAGCAUAAUAACGAGGCUCUGUCGACGAUUACCCAAAAUGCAUUAACCGCAGCCAGGCAAAUCGGUGGGGAUAUUACUGUCCUGGUCGCUGGGACAAAGUGCGGGCCCGUCGCGGAGGCUGUAUCCAAAGCUAACGGCGUAGCUAAGGUCUUAGUUGCCGAGAAUGACGCCUUUAAGGGAUUCGUCCCUGAAGCCAUAACCCCGCUGAUACUUGCCACCCAAAAACAGUUCAACUUCAGCCACAUUCUCGCAGGUGCUACAGCAUUUGGAAAGGCUUUGCUGCCGAGAGUAGCCGCUAAACUGGAUGUUUCCCCGGUGAGUGAUAUAAUCGGUAUUAAAUCGCCGGACACAUUUGUGAGAACAAUAUAUGCGGGCAAUGCUAUACAAACUGUCAAAGCUAAGGACGGCGUCAAAGUAGUUUCUAUUCGGGGGACUUCUUUCGAGGCGACGCCUCUAGAAGGAGGGAGCGCCAAGCUAGAGCCAGCCCCAGCGGGAGAUUAUAAGUCUAAUUUGGUCGAGUUCGUAAGUCAAGAACUGACAAAGUCGGACAGACCGGCGCUCGCUUCUGCCAAGACUGUCAUCUCCGGUGGUCGUGGGUUGAAAUCGGGAGAAAACUUCCAGCUUCUGUACACGCUUGCCGAUAAAAUGAACGCAGCCGUUGGUGCUUCUCGCGCCGCAGUCGAUGCUGGAUUUGUACCGAAUGACUUGCAAGUUGGACAGACUGGGAAAAUUGUUGCGCCGGACCUCUACGUCGCUGUGGGUAUCUCCGGAGCAAUUCAGCAUCUUGCUGGAAUGAAAGAUUCCAAAACUAUCGUAGCGAUAAAUAAGGAUCCGGAAGCUCCUAUUUUCCAAGUUGCCGAUUACGGUUUAGUAGCAGAUUUGUUCAAAGCAGUUCCAGAGCUUACCGAGAAGGUGUAAAUUAUGCAGACCUAUACUAAUGCCGUUGUUUCAA